GUCAUGUGAUUCCUGCUCUAUAUCUCUAUCACUCUUUGCAUUGCUCUGUUUUUCUCUCUCUCUGUUUCUUUCUUUGUUUCUGCAGCUGAUUUAAAAACUCGCACCGGUAUGAUGAGGACCUGACCUUUCAGAUCUCAGCGGUUUUAAGAGGAGUAUGCAGCUCAGUCUGAUGCUAACAGCCUGCUAACAUCUGAAGCUACCUGCUAAUCAUGACGGGGGUCCUGUGGGUCCUGUGCUGGACUCUGCUGGGUCUGAGCGCCGCCCUGGUCUGUCCCGAUGGAGGGAUGUGCGAGGACAGAGACACCUGCUGCAGGAACACGCAGGGAGGAUACGGAUGCUGCCCGCUGCCCCACGCCGAGUGCUGCUCGGACCACCUCCACUGCUGCUACCAGGGGACGGUGUGCGACCUGGUCCUCAAUCGGUGCGUCAAUAAGACCGUGUCCCUGCCCUGGGUCAGACGAGUCCCCGCCAAGCCGGCUCCCGUCGGCCCGCAGCUCUCUCUGAAGGCCGUCGUUUGUCCGGACCAGGAGUCGGAGUGUCCAGACGACACCACCUGCUGCCAGCUCCUGGACGGCUCCUGGGGCUGCUGCCCUUUAGCCAAGGCGGUGUGCUGCGAGGACAAACUCCACUGCUGCCCUGAAGGCACCACGUGCGACCUGACACACUCCCGGUGUGUGUCCGCCUCGCUGGACUCCGUCCCCCUGCUGGACAAACUGCCCAGCAGGAGGCGAGACGCCCAUCCAGCGGCGCCCUCCCUCAGCUCGGCGGCGCCCUCCGCCGGCUCCCUGCUGUGUCCAGGAGGGCGAAGCCGUUGUCCACAGCGCUCCACGUGUUGCCUCCUGAGCAGUGGCGAGUACGCCUGCUGUCCUUACCCACAGGCCACGUGCUGCAGCGAUCACAUCCACUGUUGCCCCGGCGACACGACCUGCGACCUGGAGCACGCCGUCUGUACGUCCGGAGAACGCCGGUUCCCCCUGAGGACGAAGAUCCCCGCCGCGCACGGCGACGUCGUGUGUCCGGACCGGGAGUCCGUCUGUCCGGAUCAGACCACGUGCUGCCAGAUGGCCAACGGCACGUACGGCUGCUGUCCGAUGCCCAGCGCCGUUUGCUGCUCCGACCACGUCCACUGCUGCCCCGCGGGGACGCAGUGCGACCUGCAGCACAGCACCUGCGUGUCCGGGAAGGGAAUCGAACCGGUGACCCAGAGCAUGCUCGCCCUCGAACGUCUCGAGCGAUGGCGUUUGUCUCCAGGACGCUCUGUCCCCUGUAACGACUCGGUGGCGUGCGGUGACGGGAUGACCUGCUGCCAGUCCGUGGCGGGGCAGUGGGCGUGCUGUCCUCUGCCCGAGGCCGUGUGCUGUGAAGACCACCUCCACUGCUGUCCCCACGACACCGUCUGCAACCUGGCGGCGUCCACCUGCGACGACCCGUCGGGCGGCGCCGCCACGCCGUGGCUCAGCAAGUUGCCCGCCGUGCCGCUGGUCGGCGACAACAGCAAGUGCGACAAGUCGACGUCGUGUCCCGGGAAGUCGACCUGCUGCCGGACGCCCAGCGGCGCCUGGGCCUGCUGCCCACUGCCUGAGGCCGUCUGCUGCGACGACCACGUCCACUGCUGCCCCCACGCCACCGUCUGCAACCUGAAGGCCCAGACCUGCGACGACCCGUCCGGCGCCUCGCCGUCCGUCCGCUGGCUGGAGAAGACGCCGGCCGUGUCGGCGCCGCCGCCACCGCCGGACGAGAAGUGCGACCGAGAGACGAUGUGUCCCGGCGGCACCACCUGCUGCCGGCAGGACUCUGGACAGUGGGCCUGCUGCCCCCUGCCGCAGGCCGUCUGCUGCAGCGACCACGAGCACUGCUGCCCCAGCGGAUACCGCUGCAAUGUGGCCCAGCAGACCUGCGACAAGCCCGACGGCGGCCGCACGCCGUGGCUGCGGAAGGUCGCCGCGCUGAAGGGGGCGGGGCUCCCGCUGGUGGGCGGAGUCAGGAACAUGUGUGACGGACGCACCAGCUGCCCCCGAGACACCACCUGCUGCUUCAUGGGGGGGGCGCAGGGGUGGGGCUGCUGCCCCCUGCCUGAUGCCGUCUGCUGUGCGGACGGGAAGCACUGCUGCCCCAGCGGACACACCUGCGACCCCCACCACGGCUCCUGCUCCCGGGGGGGCCUCCGCAUCCCCUGGUUCUCCAAGCUGAGCCCCCGCACCGGGCCCGCCGCCGCCGCCGCCGUCGGAGACGUCAAGUGUGACGACAAGAGCAGCUGCGCCGCCGGCGCCACGUGCUGCAAGCUGCCGUCCGGGGAGUGGGGCUGCUGCCCGCUGGUCAAGGCCGUCUGCUGCACCGACCACGAGCACUGCUGCCCGCAGGGCUACACCUGCAACAUGGAGUCAGGAACCUGUGAGAAGAAGAGUUUCCUCAGCCUCCCUCAGACCAGGGUGGUUCAGUCCGAGCCGGAGGCGGAGCGGGACGUACCAUGUGACGGCGCGGGGGGGUUUCGCUGCUCCAGGAAGCAGACCUGCUGCCGGACGUCGGAGACGGAGUGGGGCUGCUGCCCGUCGCCCGGGGCCGUCUGCUGCCCCGGCUCCGCCUCCUGCUGCCCCGCCGGGUUCCAGUGUGACCCCCGGACCGGAGGCUGCAGCCGCAGCGCCGCCCUCAGCUGGAACUCUUUACUGAGACGCACAGACAGAGACUCCACCCUUUAACCUGCGGGCCGCUCCGUCCGUCUGCCGCUCCACCCCCCCCUGCUCCACCCUCCCCCUGCUCCGUCAGGGAGGAGAAGAGGUGAACCGACAGCUUCACAAACACUACAACAGAUUUGAUUUGGAGACGUCCAUCGCUGCAAGAAAACACUUACAUUUUUAGUUUGUUUCAAUUCAUUAAACAACUUAUAUUGAAAAGAAAAAAAAAAAAAGUCUUUUAGGUUGAAAGAAGCUGCAGCUUCUUUUAAAGCAGUGGUUCUCAACCUGAGGU